GUAGCUAGCUGCAGAUUAGCUUGUAUAUUGCGUUGUUGAGUAACACUUCUGUGGACAUGCUUGUGUAGCGUUACAAAACAUUAUAACAUCUUUCAGGAUGGUAUGUUUUAAGACAACGCUGUUUUGAAAGUAUAUUCAGUUAUUGAGUUGCUGUAACUGAGAAAGCUGUCAGAUAGGCUAAUGCUAACAGGUCAUCACAACUAGAGACAUUCUGUUUUACUGGAUGUAUUGUGUCUAAAAAAAUAAAUCAAGUUAAAGCCGUCAGGGCCUAGGUUGGCCAUGCUACAAUAAAACUACUGUAGAUUUUCGCCGGUUUUGGUUAACGACUGUGGUGGGUUUUGGACUUAGCUUAGUUAAUGAUAGUUAACCAGUCAAUGCAGUAGAUUCAAUCAUGAGUGGCACAUUACAUGGAUUAAAAAUCAGCGGGUUUUUUAUUUUUCUAUACACGACAAUUCUCCUUUUUACACUUCAUUGCUGUUGGCACUCACGUUUGUUUUUUGUUUUUAAAGUUGUCUGUCUUCUUGUGGCCCCAGCAGUGUUUUAACUUCUAAGGAUGAUGAGCCAGCGGCGUGGGAUCCAUCUGGACCAAUCAGAGCUGCUUUGCACAAAAGGAUGUGGUUUUUAUGGCAACACUGGCUGGCAGGGCCUGUGCUCAAAGUGCUGGCGAGAGGAGAAUCAACGAGAAAAGCAAAAUCAGAUUAAAGAAGACUGGGCACUUGCUGAAAGGCUGCAAAAAGAGGAAGAGGAAGCAUACACAAGCAGAAAUCAAAAGGCCCAAUCACAGCCUACCAUCACACCCUUUGGCAAGUUCGUGGAAAGAAAACUAAGGAAAAGUCAAAGUAACACAGUUACAAAGUUUUUUACUCCCUCCUCAAAAACACCACCAAAAAAAGAUUCUCCUUUUGAUGCUCACUCCAGCUCAAGCCCCAGCUCCUCCACGAGCCGGCACUCCUCUGUGGACAGUGACCAUGCGACGAGAGAGUUCAUUGAUUUCCUCAAGCCUCUGAAGUCUGGCAGGGAGAUCUUCAAACAGUGCCGGGCCUUCACUGAGAGCAUGGUCUAUAAGCGGGACAUGGCAGCUGAUGAGCUGUCAGAGUGUGUGCAGGAUUUCUACCAGAAUCUCUCAGACCGCCUCCACACCCAAUUCAAAGGUUCAUCAGAUCAUGUAGAGAGUGUUAUGGAUGAAGUAGAGAAGUACAUGAUGACUCGUCUUUACAAAGAAGUCUUCUGUCCUGAGACUACAGACGAUGAGAAGAAAGACCUUGCCAUUCAGAAGAGAAUCAGAGCCUUGCAUUGGGUCACCAUUGAGAUGCUGUGUGUUCCUGUAGAAGAGGAAAUCGCUGAGGUGUCCGACAGUGUAGUCAAAGCCAUCACAGAUGUGAUUGAAAUGGAUUCAAAGCGCGUGCCCAAGGAGAAGCUGUCGUGCAUCACUCGCUGCAGCAAGCACAUCUUCAACGCCAUCAAAAUCAGCAAGAAAGAGGCUGCGUCUGCGGAUGACUUCCUCCCCACGCUCAUCUACAUUGUGCUGAAAGCAAACCCUCCAAGACUGCAGUCCAACAUCCAGUACAUCACCCGCUUCAGCAACCCCAGCAGACUGAUGACGGGAGAGGAUGGUUACUACUUCACUAAUCUGUGCUGUGCGGUGGCCUUCAUCGAGAAGCUGGACGGCCAGUCUCUGAACCUGAGCUCUGAGGAGUUUGACCACUACAUGUCGGGCCAGGCCUCCCCCCCCUGGCCACAGCCGGGCGGAGCGACCUCCAGCUCCCCGGGCAGCCCCGCUCUCAGUCAGGUCCACAAGGGGCUGGACCUGCUCACUGGGCUGGGGCAGAGGCAGGAGAGGGUCCUGGAGGACGCCCGCCAGCUGGAGAGCGACCUCAUCGACUGGACGGAUGAAGUGGAGCAGAAGGUGCAGAACGUUCUGGAGAGCUUUCCCCCAGAGACAGAAACCCCUGCUCCUCCCACAGCGAGUGGGACGGCUGUUUCAGCGGCGUCAGCCAUCGACUCUGAUAACGUGGAGAAUGAGCACCUGCCCCCCCCGCUGACACCGCAAGUGUUUGCUGGUUGAUGUGAAGAGCUCUACUUUAAAAAAAAGAAAAGAAAACCCUCUAGAGGCUUUAGUCCACCUUCACCCUUCCCUUAUGUUAAAUGUUUCUGUCCGUGUGCACAUACAGGAGACUUCUCAUCCCUGCAAGAGGCCCAACAAUUACACACAGAAUCUUUGAAUAAAAUAAGUUAAUAUUUUGGCAUUCCGGUAAAGUACACUUAUUUGCUUUCAUGCAGAAAGUUAGAUUAAAAGAUCACCUCGAAAUCUCACUUAUUAACAUGUUACAUUUUUUGUUGUUUAGUAUGAAAAAAAAGGUGUAAAAACAAGACCUUUUUUUGUCGCCUUUGGACAGAAUCAGGCUAGUUGUUCCCGUUGCAAAGCUAAGCCUAAGUGUCAAAGCUUUUGCUCACUCUUUUAUUGGACAGACGAGGGAUUGGUAUUGAUCUUCUUAUCUAACUUUAGGCAUAUUUGUGAAUAAGCAUUUCCGAAGAGUUCCGGAAGCCAAGUUCACUCCAAGCAUUUUGUUACAGAUGCGAUGCGGCCUCUGAGGUGAAGCCCUGACGUUCUGCUUCUCUUACAUCUUCAGGAUAAGCAGAAUAGUUUAACCCAGCCAUGUCCUUUGUUGUUCCCAGGCUUUAGUAAUAUUACCCCAGUGUACUGUUGCUUCCUCAAAGUGAGAUGUGCCGGGAAACGCAGACUCCACUCCAAGCUCUUCCUGAAACACAUCUGCAGUACCUCAGUACUUCUCCAUCCGUAGUGUCGUACUUACAUGCUUUCCAAAAGGAAAAUUGGGUGGAUGUGAUUUUUAAUCAUUCUUCUGUCAUUUCUCUUUUUUAGGCAUGUUUUCUUGGUUAUGUGAUGAGGUCACUAAAGGGCAGGGGCUCAAAGGGUCACACACGCAACCUGACAUCUAAUAACUUGACAGGAAAGUUCAGUCACAUUUCUUUUUGGCAAAGGAAAUGGAGGAGUCUGAAUAAUGCGAAACUUAACUUCCCUUGUGACUUGUUCUGUGAUUACUGUGUACCUCCCUGUCUUUCAGAUAAAUGUGUGUGUGGCAGAUUUGCAUGUGGGCAAGUGUGUGUGUGAAUGUGAGUGUGUGUUUCAUGGACAUGUUCCCUUACUGUCUGUAAAUCAUUUAGUCCUCGCAGCUGUGUGUUUAUGGAAAUGUUGGUCUUGUUUUCAUGGCAGACCUCUCACUCCAGUCAUAGGCUGGAUGUACAGAAGUGAUUUUAUUUUUCUAUAGAGAGGCAGGUAGCAAUUAUUUUGGAUGCAAUAGAAGACAUAAAGCCUGUAAUAUUUACAGUAGUAGUCUUGAUAAAGAACAUUGCUUGAAGACAUGUUACAAACAUUAUGAUUGAAUGGUAACAUUCUCAAAUACUCCUAGAGGUUAUUAUAAGCAUGACUCAUCGUGACAGGGUUUUUCUUUUUGCUCUGUCAAGGCUUUUGGAUUUCAGAAGUAAAAAGACGAUGCAGUUUCCCAGAAACGCGCGUCAUAGAAAUUGUUCCAAGACCAGUUGCUUUACUAGUUCAGAAGAAUAAACAUAAAAUAACCAAUUUAAUAUAUUUGAAAGCACUUUUACUCUGUAUGAUUUUUAAAGCUCCUAUUUCAGAAGUAUAUUUAAUGAAGGAACUAAUGGCUUUAUUCAGUUGAAGGAGAGUUGGUGAAAACAGUGUUGUUCAACUGCCUUUGUGUUUGGCCGUCACAAUCGAAGAAUUGUUUGGGAUAGGCAAUUGUUUUUUCCUUUGCUCAUGAGAUAAGGUUUCCUUAAGUUGCUAGAUUUUAAUCUUUUUAUCUUUCUUUGCAGCACGUAUAGUCAGUGUGCAGUUGCUGUCCAAUUUUAGUCAAAUAUCCACCUUUUAAUGCAACCUUAAACAAUAGCUUGAGUAACUUCAUAUUGCACUGUAAACAGAAGCCAUUAUCAGGUAUUUUAAGGAAGUUUAAAACAUAAUCUUUGUAACCUUAUAGGUUUGUAAAUGUAACACAUUGGAGAAAUUAACUCUGUCUUUUAUUUAAAUGCAACUUAUUAUUGGGGCAGUAUUGGUAUAUUCACCUCUAUGGGUGUGUGAUGAAUAAAAACUGAAAAUGUA